ACGACUUCUUCUUUCGAGCUACACUUCACCCUGGAAGUCUCUUAGCUUCAUUGGAGUGUUUAGCAGUUUGUCUCUGACUUCUGUCCUCUUUGAAUGAGGUAACAUCUUCAGAGAAAGAGAUAUCAGAGGCUUCUGGACCUUCUGCACACAGGGAGCUCACAUAAUGGAGCAGGAAAGGCAGCACCAAGGGAGAGAGAACUCAGGAUGGUGCUCGCAAGUGAAGCUCUGGUCUGGAUUGGUGAUUUCUAUAGUACUCCUCAGUUCUUGUUUUAUUGUGAGCUGUGUGGCGACUUACCAUUUUACAUAUGGGAAAAGUAGCAGGAGGCUGUCUGAACUACACAGAUCUCAUUCAAGUCUAACCUGCUUCAGUGAAGGGACAGGGGUGACAGAAAAAAACUGGGAAUGUUGCCCAAGUACUUGGAAGUCAUUUGGUUCCAGCUGCUACCUCAUUUCUACCAAAAGGAAUUUUUGGGCUCAGAGUGAGCAGAACUGUGUUUCAAUGGGUGCUCAUUUGGUGGUGAUCAACUCAGAAGCAGAGCAGAAUUUCAUUGUCCAGCAACUGAAUGAAUCAUUAUCUUAUUUUCUGGGACUCUCGGAUCUACAAGGGAAUGGCAAUUGGCAAUGGACUGAUCAUACACCUUACAAGGACAAUGUCAGAUUAUGGCACCAACAUGAACCCAAUUUUUCUGCAGAAGAAUGUGCUUCAAUCGUUUUCUGGAGUCAUAGAGGAUGGGGCUGGAAUGAUGUUUUUUGUGAUACUAACAGGAAUUCGAUCUGUGAGAUGAAGAAGGUUUACCUAUAAGUGGAAACUUAUUCAUUCACACCUUUAAAAUUGAAACCUAUCAUAAAAUGGUAUUUCCUCUUGUAAUUUAUGUAUAAUCCUUAUCAUGGAGGUUCACAGGAAUAUUCAGAUGCUUUUUUCUCUUCAAGCAUCUCUCUUCUAGUCCCUCUUUUCCAUUAACGACAGGAUGAGCUUUUCCUUCUUUUGUUCUUUGAUUUGUUAUUCAUUCUUUCCUUUUUUAUCUCACCCUUUCACAAACAUUCUUUGUGCCAUGGAUUGUACUAUUUUGUUUAUUAGAAGACUUACAAGGUAGUAACUUUUGAAAAUCAUGACCUUCCUUUCUCAAAAUGCCACUGAACAUUCCUUUUGGUCAGGAUAUUGACUGGAACUGCAAUCAUCUGAAGGCCUGGCAAGAGCUGAAGGAUCUUCUUUCUAGACGGCCCACUCACAUGGGCACAAAUUGGUAUUGGCUAUUGGUAGAAAGCCUUAGUUCCUCACCACAGGGAACUAUCCAUAGUUACUUGCAUAUCCUCACAAUAUGGUAGCUGGUUUCCAUCAGGGCAUGCAAUCCAAGACUGAGUCCAGCAACUGAAUGAAUCAUUAUCUUAUUUUCUGGGACUCUCAGAUCUACAAGGGAAUGGCAAUUGGCAAUGGACUGAUCAGACACCUUACAAGGACAAUGUCAGGUGAGGGCAGAAUCAGAUUAGUUGGAGAAAAUUUAGGGAAGUUUUGUUAGCAGUUGCUAUUAAUGCCAAUAUUAACAAUUAUUAUAACAGAUAGAGAACAAGUGAUAGCAGCAGUGUCUUUUAUUAUCUAGCCUCAGAAUCAACCCUGACAUCUUUUGGUGCAUUCCACUGGUCACACAGACCAAACCUGACAUAAUAAAGAAGGGGCUACCCGAAGGUUCAUGAAUACCAAAGGGUGAGAAUCAGUGAGGGUCAUCUUGGAGGCUGGUUACCAUGGCAGGAUUUCUUUAAAAAGCUACAAAAUAUGUGUACCAAGGAAAAUAAUAAAAAUUCUUCUACACUUAAAUUAUGAAAAUGACAUAAAAUACUACAAAGAAAAAUUAUAAAUGCUAACCUGGGAGAAGAGGUUUUAAAUACUUAUAAAUAACAUAGUAUUAAUGCCAAGAACAUAUAAGCAAGUGUGAUAAAUCAAUUAGGAAACAAAAAAGAAGUGAAAUAUUUGAAAAGCAUUUCAUGGAGGAGGAAAUACAUAAUCUAAUAAAUGUUUGUGUAGAGAUGCUCAGUUCCACUCAUAAUCUGAGAAAUGCAAGUCAAGACCACAAUAUUAUAUCACUACAUAUCCAUUUUAGUGGCAAAAAUUAAGAGACACAAUGCCAAGAGUUAGAGGAGAUAUAGAUAAAUGAGAUCUCUUAUAUACUGCUGAUUUAGAUUUAUAUUGUUAUUACCUCCUUGGAAAGUAUACAAAUUUAUAUUUUUCCUUUAUAAAUAUCAUCUAAUAAAUGCCUUAUUGAGAGAGAGAGCUAAGGUCUAUGAAAUGGUGGGCAUUAAAAUGAAGAGCUGUUCUUUGGGGAUAACUUUAACUGGAGGUCUUCUGCAUAGAAUCUUAUAUUAUUUUGGCACACAUAUGGUAAAAGUGAAAACAAAUCUAUGAUUUGAUAUACCAAAAGCUCAAUAUAAUGAUUUUAUUUGAAUGACGGACAGAGGGUAGGGUCGGGAGGAACACAGAAAACAUAGGCAUGUGAUAAAGUUCUAGAUUUUGUAUUGGGUAGUGAUGUUCAUAUAAAAUAGACAUUAAA